AUGGGCGACAUCUUCGACCGCGCCUCGAGCAAGCUGUUCAGGAAGCCUCCCGUAAGAGAACGAGCUCCGCCUGGCCAACAUCACAGCGAUCAAGCAAAACACGCUGCUGAAGCCAGGAGGUCACCACAUCUACCAAACAGUCCGAACAGCGCCCUGUCACCGACGCACCCGCAACAAUCACCCUAUGCCCAUCCCCCUCCAUCACAAGGCCACCUGCCACAACACUAUCCUUAUUCCCCGCCUGGACAGUCCCAGCAAUUUCCUGCGCCCUCACAGGCGCAGCAUAUACUUUCGCCACAGCACAUUCCUUCUCCUCAACACACGCUAUCUCCCCAGCAGACACUUUCACCUCAGCACACCCUCUCUCCACAGCAAACCCUUUCUCCUUCACCAGGUGGCAGUAGCCCGUCCGGACAAAAUGCCGGAAAUGCUUUGCCGGGAUCUCAGCCCCUAGCCAGCGUCCCAACGCUUCACAGUAUGGAGGGACGGGACAGCCCAUCCGCAUGGGCGCUGAAGAAGCGGGCUCCCAAGAAACAGGUUCCGGAGGAAGAUAAGCCUCCUCACUGGGAAAUGGAGAAGGAAGAGGUCGUAGAGAGUGUCAUCGAAGUGAUCGGAGGAGCGGCCAAGCGCAUGUGA